CCUGCCCCACACCUCCUCACCCCACUCUUUGCCUCCUGCUCCUGCAGGGACUCCCAGGGGAGCGAGGUCUGCCCGGUCCCACAGGGAAACCCGGCCCCAAGGGAGACCCUGGCCAUGAUGGAGCCCCCGGCGCCGUGGGAGAGAAGGGUCCCCAAGGUCCGCAGGAACCCAAUGGCUUCCCAGGCACAAAGGGUCCCCUCGGUCCCGCCGGGAAGGACGGUUUGCCAGGACACCCGGGCCAGCGUGCGGAGCCGGGGUUUCAUGGCAAAACCGGCCCCCCCGGCCCCACAGGGGUGGUGGGACCCCAGGGGAAAUCAGGCAAGACAGGGCCCGUGGGAGAAAGGGGGCACCCAGGACCCCCCGGCCCCCCCGGGGAACAGGGCCUGCCUGGAGCUGCUGGCCGAGAAGGAGCCAAGCAGGGUGACCCUGGCCCCGCUGGCAUCCCCGGGUCCACCUGGCUUGAAGGGUGGGGAAGGUCCCCCCGGGCCCCCCGGACCCACGGGUUCUCCCGGAGAGCAAGGCCCCACGGGGACUGCUGGAGGCAUUGGACUGCCAGGCCGGGGGGGUUCACAGGGCCCCCCAGGUCCUGUGGGUGAGAGGGGCUCCUCGGGUGAGCGAGGUCCCAUGGGUCCUCCCGGAUACGAUGGCAUCCAGGGCCCCGUGGGGCUGCCGGGUCCAGGUGGCCCCCCCGGCCCUGCUGGAGAAGAUGGGGACAAGGGCCCCCCGGGACCCCCAGGAAUCCAAGGACCCAUUGGGCACCCCGGCCCCGCGGGGGCGGACGGGGAGCCGGGGCGCCGCGGGCAGCAGGGGAUGUUUGGGCAAAAAGGAGACGAGGGAUCACGGGGGCACCUUGGCCUCAGUGGCCCCCCUGGCCUGCAG